GAGAGAACAGGAGUGCACAGUUGGAGUUACAGCUAAGUUCUUGGUUGUUGGUUGUUUUGGCGUGGUUACGGCCAACAGUAACCUGUACUGUUCAGUAAUAAACGGUGGUUUGCCGAAUAACUGCGUCAUCCUUUCCACACGUCCUGGCGGACGCUACAUUUACAGCGCAGCCUUGCCACAUCCAAUAUGGCGGCGACGUUGACGUUGACAAAACGGCAGUCCACAAACUAAUGGGUGACGUCACGGUGGCUUAUUAAAGUGCCAGCAUGCAGCUACAUCAAGCUUUAGCUUUAAGUUUCACAGUCAGAGCUUCCCCCUACUGUGUUUCCUCCUGUGGUUUUGGCCUUUGUGCUGGAGAAGACGCCUCACGAUUAAACUGCCAGCCGGCCAAAGGGCACACUCCUUAAACAUCGGCCCCCAGUUCAACACCCAGGUACCUGAGAUGGAGCAAUGUUUUAGGAGAAACAGUCACAUGGAAGAAACCGGCUUGGUCCAAAUGCAGCCGAGGGAUCGAGGGAAAAGUAGGCCUCUUGCCGUUGUCUUUUCACGCUUGAAUGCAUAUCCCAGACGUCCUUUUAAACACCCUUUUAAUUGGUCCCGGGGGGCAGCCCACCCAUCUGCUCACCGGGUGGCCAAUCAGAUCAGUCUCUACCUGCUCUCUGAGCCACCUGGACGUUUUGUUUACAGGAGUGGCGGGAUGCCACCUGGGACAGGCCGGAGGGACAGGUGCUUUUUAUCCUGCUGUCAGUUCAGAAGCUGUGACUGUGAUUGGUGGAGGAUGGGGAAGCAGAUCUCAGGUCAGCGCUCACAGAGUGGAAACUGAUCCCAAAACCACAAGACAGGAGGCUGCAGAGACACCUGGAGUAGUGAGAGGUUGGCGACUGGCGGGGAGAAAAAUCUGCCAAAGAUCAAGAGGAUAAAGGAAACAUUCAGGAGAACCACCAGAAGUUUGUUUCUCCCACAGGACUUCACGGAGCAGGUGAGAUCUUCUGGCAUCGUCUGAAGGGUUCAUACGGAGCUGCUCAGUGGAAACCAACUAGGAGUCUCCCAACAAGAGACAAGGACAAUCAUGAUGUCACCAGAUGACCGAGCCCUGGAGGACCUGUUGUAUUGCGGUGACCUUGGUGACGAGGCGGAGCUGGGUGGAGGCCCGGCAGGGAUGGUGAAGAGUGCUGCUGCAGACAAUACUGCGACAGCUGUGUCCAUCCAGGGGCCAAUAACGUGUGCCGGCUGCGGGAAGCAGGUGUGCGACCGUUUCUUCCUCUUGGCUGCAGGCAGUGUGUGGCACAGUGUCUGCCUCCGCUGCAGCCAGUGUCAGUGUGAGCUGCAGACGCACCCCUCACUCUACUGGAGAGAUGGAAACAUCUACUGCCAACAAGACUACUGCAGGAUGUUUGGAGGUGGUCAGUGUGCUCGCUGCUUUCAGCCAAUCCCAGCCUCCGCUUUAGUCAUGAGAUCUGGUGAUCUGACUUUCCAUCCUCACUGCUUCUCCUGCCAGGAGUGUGAUGUGACAUUAAUACCGGGGAACCUGUACUGCAUGCAGGGCCAGAACCUCUACUGUCAGUCGCAUUACCAUGACGACAGCGGGAGUGUCUCGCUAUCAUGUGAUCUCCAGCCCAAAUUGAAUCUAAAAGAAGCUCAAAGUCAGGUCUCAGGUGAAGGGGAGGAGUCUGUUAGCAGUCCUGAGCCACGAUUGGAUGACAAGGUGGCAGGUGGGCGGGCCCGCAGGCGGACCAAGCGAAUUAGAACAAGUUUUCGCAGCGAGCAGCUCAGAGCACUGGAGUCAUAUUUCGCCCAGAAACACAACCCUGAUGGGAAAGACUGGACCUGCCUCGCACACAAGACUGGCCUGCCAAAGAGAGUCUUGCAGGUGUGGUUUCAAAACGCUCGGGCCAAACUGAGACGCUCCCUUACUGCAGAUGACUCUCAGGUCAACUCGCCCUCAGUUCCCCUGAGAGGUGUAACCAUGGCGAUGGGCUCACCGGCCCCAGCCUGUUCCCCACCCGACCAGUCCCAGCUCUUCUCUUCCACCAGCACCAUCGACCAGCAGCAGCUCUCUCUGCUCACUGCCCCGCUCAGCGAGCCUUUGGUGAGCCCUGCCAUUAGCCAGUCGCAACAGCUGCAAAACCCCGACUUCUUCCUGGAAUACAGUUCCCAGAGUGCACCAGGGAAUGUCUCCUCCCUUGAGACGUAUGAAGACUUUGGAGAAGCAGGAGGAGGAGCAGAGGGAGAAGUUGAUCCUGAUAGUUCUUUUAGACCACAUUACUGCUAG